AUGAAAAUAUUAUUAUUAUUUUUUGGUGUGACGUUUUGUGUUUUUGUUGCCACAAACGGCAACUCGGAACUCGAUCAGGUCAUCCGAAUUCCGCCAAAUCACGUGCAAGACAACAAAUUGCUGGUGCACGAAGAAGAAGAAGAACGCGCGAACAAAAGUGACCCAGGUUAUGAUGAAAUUAGUGAUGUGACGGAUAAAAGUGAAAGGCAGGUCACACGCGACGCACAAAAUCGCAGUAAAACAACGAUAAAUGCCCGCCUCGACGACGAUCGUGUACUUUCAAUUCUUGCGGAGGCACUUCGCGUAAUUAAGACAACGAAAUGUUACAAAGACCUCAAUUACACAAUCGACGCGAUACGGCAACGAAAGUCAUGGGCGAUCGCAAUGUACGACGCUUCCGUAAAGAUCCCCGUUGGCAUCGAAUACGGCAACAUCUGGCAAUUUGGCAACUUUGACGAAUGCAUGGGAAUCAAGACAAAUCCCGAAGUCGAUGGCAUCCACAUCAAACCAAAAUACUGCUUGGCUGACAUUGAAUACGAAAUUUCCGAUAUUGCGCGCGAAAAUGUCGUUUCAAAGAGAUCAAAACGAAAGAGCAACUCUACAACUGUGCACUUUGGCAUCUGCACUCCGGCUUCUUGUUCGAGCAACGACAUCAUCUUGUUCCUGUCGCACGUCACGGGUGGCUUCGAUCACAUUAAAAUAACUCCAAAUAAGUGUCACACUAAUGAAAUUACCACAUACACUUCCGUUGACAUCGCAUACGGUUGUGCAAUACUAUUCUUCCUCAUGAUGACGGUGUUCAGUACCCUUUAUCACUCGUACACGAUCUACAGUCGCCGCUGCAGCAACAUUAAAGACUCGCGAAACACUUUCGACCUUGUCAUGAAAUCGUUUUCUGUCGUUGAAAACUUGAAGAAACUUGUGAAAGGAAGUUCGGACGAGAAUGGACUUAGUUGCAUAAAUGGCAUUAAAGCGUGUGCCAUGCUGUUCAUUUUGGGGGGACAUGCCCUUGUUUUUAUGCUCGGCGGGCCCGUACAGAAUGCCGAAUUUUUCGAAAGUGCCAGCAAGCAAAUACAAAACGCCUUUCUCCUGAAUUCGCCGCUACUUGUGGACCUGUUCCUCUUGCUGAGUGGAUUCCUGUUUGCGCGCCUACUGUUGCUCGAGCUCGACAAACGAAAUGGAAAGGUGAAUUUCUUGGUGUUGUAUGUCUUUCGAUACAUCAGAUUAACGCCCGCAUACUUGGCAAUAAUCGGUUUGUACGCAACAUGGAUGCCCAAAUUGGGCGACGGACCGUUAUGGGAUAGUCGCAUGGGUCUCGAGCAGGAACGUUGUCAACUGUCGUGGUGGAAAAAUUUGUUGUACAUCAACAAUUACGUCGGCAACGAGUCUCUGUGCAUGUUCCAAUCGUGGUACUUGGCUACCGAUACGCAACUUUUCAUCCUCGCGCCUCUCGUUGUCUACCCACUGUGGAAAUGGAAACGCUUCGGUAGAUUAAUUCUCGGAGUUGCCGUUGCCAUUACCACGCUCAUUCCCUUUCUCGUAACGUAUUUGAACAAUUUGGAUCCAACGUUGCUCGUUUUUCCAGACGAGGUAUACGACCUUUCGGCAAACGAAUAUUUCUUCACGACAUAUGGAAAAACGCACAUGCGAGCGACAGCCUAUGUAUUCGGGAUACUUGUUGGUUACAUCGUGCACACGUUACAGGAUAAGAAUAUUAGCAUUCCGCGCGUUCUUCAGCACAUUUUAUGGACAAUUUCGACGAUAGUGGGGCUGCUGUCGAUGUUUUAUGUUACCGUUUAUUACCACGAUGGGUAUCACUACACCGUACUGGAAGCUGGAUUAUAUGCCGCUUUGCAUCGUUUCGGCUGGAGUUUCGCCAAUGGAUGGCUCGUGCUUGCUUGUGUCAUGGGAUAUGGCGGACCAGUGAAGAAAUUCCUUUCAUGUCGGGCACUAAUUCCGUUUAGUCGUCUAACGUACUGUGCUUACCUGACAAACGGCUUUGUUGAGUUGUAUUUGUUCUCAUCGGUACGUACGGGACGUUACAUGAGCAUCACAAGUUUGUUGGGCGAUACUUUAUCACACACAAUCCUCACAUUCCUUGCUGCCUUCAUUUUGUGCCUGAUGUUCGAGUCGCCCAUACAUGGCAUCGAGAAAAUUUUCAUAAAACGCGCCCAAGGCACACAAGUUCCCCAAAAGCGACUUAGUUCGAAAACCGACAAAAAUGCCGUUAUGCAUCACAGCAACAACAGUAGAUGUAGUUCGUCCGAAUCCGCGGAAUCUGUGGAAACGGCAUGACUUGUGGCGUCAAAAAAUGUGUGAAAAAGUCUGAAUUAAAAA